GAGCGGGCCAAGGAAAGAAUGGAUCAGGAUGGGGCGAUGACUCUGCAACAAAGGCAAGUUCUCUUUCUCCUUGUUCUGCUGGGUGUGUCUGGGGCGGCCUCAGAGCCGGAGCAGUUUUCGGUAGUGGAGGAGAUGGAGAGAGGCUCAUUUGUGGCCAGUGUGGCAAAGUCCUUGGGCCUGGAGGUGGGGGAGCUGUCAAAUCGUGGGGCCAGAGUUGUUUUCAAAGGGAACAAAGAGUAUUUACAGCUGCACCCUAAAACCGGGGAUCUGCUCCUGAGAGAGAAAUUGGAUCGGGAGGAGUUGUGCGGUUCCGCCGAGCCCUGUGUGCUAUCUUUUAAGAUCUUACUGGAAAACCCCUUUCAGAUUGUUCGGGCUGAACUGAUGGUGGAAGACAUUAAUGAUCAUUCACCUGUGUUCCUCGACACUGAGAUGGUACUAAAAAUCCCCGAGAACACCUCCCCCGGAACUGUAUUUGUAUUAGAAAAUGCACAGGAUUUAGACGUAGGAAACAACAGUUUCCUGAACUAUGCCAUCAGCCCCAACUCCCUUUUCCAUAUUCAAAUUAGAGAUAGCAGUGAGGGCAGGAGAUACCCAGAGCUUGUAUUGGACGAAAUAUUGGAUCGGGAGGGGCAGUCUGAGGUCACUUUAACUCUGACUGCAGUGGAUGGGGGAGUCCCACCAAAGUCUGGAACUGCGCAAGUCCGAGUCCUUGUAGUGGAUAUCAAUGACAAUGCUCCAGUGUUCACUCAGUCUCAGUAUGAGGUGCAGAUCCUUGAGGACAGUUGCAUUGGAUCCAAGGUUGUCACAGUCUCGGCCACAGAUAUAGACGCGGGGAAUUAUGGAGAAAUAUCUUACACAUUUUUGCAUGCUUCUGAAAACAUUCGCAAAACUUUCCACAUUAAAGAGGAAUUGGGAGAACUUUAUUUAAAGGAAAAACUGGAUUUUGAGUUGACACAGUCUUACACUAUAAAUAUUCAGGCCACAGAUGGUGGGGGCCUUUCAGGAGAAUGUACUGUUAUCAUUCAGGUGAUAGAUCUGAAUGACAAUCCUCCAGAACUGACAAUGUCUUCACUGACCAGUCCCAUCCCAGAGAAUUCUCCUGAGACUGUGGUCGCUGUUUUCAGUGUUUCAGAUCUCGACUCCGGGGAAAAUGGAAGGAUGGUUUGCUCCAUCCAAGAUGAUCUUCCUUUUACCCUGAAACCUUCCAUUGAGAACUUCUACACACUGGUAACAGAAGGAGCCCUGGACAGAGAGAGCAGGGCCCAGUAUAACAUCACUAUUACAGUGAUGGAUUUGGGAUCCCCGAGGCUCAAAUCUGAGCACAAUAUCAUGGUGCUCAUCUCCGAUGUCAAUGAUAAUCCUCCUGAGUUUUCUCAGAGAGCCUACAAGCUAUACCUCCGGGAGAACAACAGCCCUGCCCUCCACAUUGGCAGUGUCAGUGCCAGUGACAGGGACUCAGGCAUCAAUGCCAAAGUCACUUACUCUCUGCUGCCUCCAAAGACUGGAGACCUGCCCCUCUUCUCCUACAUCUCCAUCAACUCAGACAAUGGACAUCUCUAUGCUCUCAGAUCCCUGGAUUAUGAAGCCAUUCAAGGUUUCCAUUUCACUGUGAGAGCAGCUGAUGGUGGUUCCCCAUCACUGAGCAGCGAGGCUCUAGUUCAGGUUUUGGUAGAAGAUGAGAAUGACAACUCUCCUUUUGUGCUGUACCCCCUGCAGAAUGGGACAGCUCCCUGCAAUGACCUGGUGCCCAGAGCUGCAGAGCCAGGCUACUUGGUGACCAAGGUGGUGGCUGUGGAUAAGGACUGGGGACAGAAUUCCUGGCUUUCCUACCAGCUUCUCAAGGCCACAGACCCAGGACUCUUCACUUUGUUGGCCCACAAUGGGGAAGUUCAUACAGCAAGACCCAUCAGUGACAGAGAUACCAUCAAGCACAAGCUCCUGGUGUUGGUGAAGGACAAUGGGCAACCAGCUCUCUCCACAAUGGCCACACUGAACGUGCUCCUGGUGGAUGGCUUCUCUGAGCCCUACAUGCAGUUCCCAGAUGCACCUAAGGAACAGAUGCAAACUGAUUCCCUCACGACCUACCUAGUCAUUUCUCUGGCCUCUGUCUCUUUUGUCUUCCUGGUCUCUGUUAUUAUGUUCAUUGUCAUCCACCUGUGGAAGAAGAAAGAUGCUACUGAUGGUGGUCAUUUUAAUCCAAAUGGCCCCUUCCCAGGUCACUUGGUGGAUGUCAGUGGAACAGGGACUUUUUCUCAGAGAUACCAAUAUGACGUAUGCCUGACCAGUGGCUCAGAGACCAGUGAAUUUAAAUUCUUGAAGCCUGUUAUUCCCACUCUUCCACCUACUGAGGGAAAUGGGAAGGAUUCUAUUGAAAACCCACACUUGAGGAAUAGCUUUUUCUUCACUUAAUAUUUUGACCUCUGUUUCAAUGAAUCAUCCUUCCCCACCACCCCUUAUUGGUUAUCUUUCUUUCUGUAGCAAAAAAUACACUUCUGUGAUAUCCCAUUUUAUGCUAAUAUUUAUCCUCUUUUCCCCUUUCACAU